AUGGAAAUCAAAGCUUACAUGAGACCCAACACGAGCAUUCUGAAAAGCUUUAAGCACGCGCCUAGAGUUGCGGGCCACCAAAUUAUCCACAGCUCGGAACUCCGAAUACAGCGAGUCCACCGCGUUCUCAACCUGCGCAAUCUCAAAAACAUAAGCAAGUGUGAGAGUGGUGCAGUGACGUGUUGUACCUCCGGAACAAAAGGUUGCUCCUCGAGACGGAGAGCGACAGCUGAGGCUAGACUCCUUGAUGAGCGCAAAGAUGCCGCUGCUCGACGGUACACGGCGGCGGCGCACGAUGAGGCGAUGGCGGAGGUCGGAUAA